ACUAAAACAGUCCUCCGGCACUUCGAUCCGUUGGCAGAGCUCGUAGCGCGUGCCUGCCGCCUUUUUUCGAUCGAUCGAUCGAUCCCGAGAAUCGUUUACAGGAAAAUUUCGAUCGAGAUCAAAAAUCGAGUGAAACGAAUCGCGGAAGAAAGUGCGCUCGUGAACUUCCCGAGAUAAAACACCUAACGAAAACACCGAACGAAGAAAAACUGUAAUUGAAGCGUCGUAACAAUUGCUCCGAAGCGGUUUACCAACAACGGCGAACAAUGUUAUCUCGCGAUUGGCCGUAAUUGCUGGAACGACAAGCAAUUAGCGUCGGCUGAUGUAUACAGCGCUGGGUCGAUCAUUUUUUCUCCAAUGACAAGAUAGCCGAACGAAUGGAUCUGUAAGGCCGCGAACUGGAAAAAUCGCGUCUCACGCGACCAUAACGAGUCACUUCGCUCGCCGGGUAAUUACCGCAUCGCUAACGGUAAUUACUCUCGGUCUGUCCGCCGUUUAAUUUGCAAGGUGUAAAGUAACUUGCACUUCGAAUCGUCCGUGCACGCUUUCCGAUGGUUGAACGCAACGCUCUGUAUCUGUGCCUUAUUAAUUCCAUCUUUUCCUAUUUUUCUCCGCCUUAUCAUCGCUUUUUAUCGCCGUUCCUUUAAACCUUAUCGUGGAAGGCUAUCUCGGUUCGGUGAACGGAAAUCGUUUCCUCGAAAUCACCGUGGCAAGAAAUAAAAAAGUCGUCGCAGCACAUGAGGACAAAAUUGUUCUUUGCCACGAAGCUGUCGAAAUUGAUCACCUGCUGAAGCUCCUUUCGAGAAGAAAGAAUAAUUGUGAGAAUCCUGUAGAUGCAACGUUAUCGCGUUUCCCCCAGCAGGCUAUCUGCAGCAGACUGUUACAGAAAAAGGAAGAGACGAGUAAGAAAGUUCCUUCCGCGAUCGCUUGGGUCCGUUGCGUCCACCGAAGAAACGCAUCAAGGGAGUUAAUCGAUCGCGAACGAUAACGGGAUCCGCGUGUAUCCUGGUGUAUACGCGUAAUCGUGAUUCGACGAAACGCGUAACGAGCUACGCAACCGAACGGUAAACCUACCCCCAUGGAUUGUGCCGUGGUAACGAGCGUCUUCUUUCACGGAACACUCGACAAAAACUACUAUAACGCGAUUCUGAGCCGACGAGAAGAGCGAUCCGGCGACAGCUUCGCUUCGACGUUGACGAGCUUCUGUGUGCAACGUCUACGUCCCGUGUAAUUGACAAAGCCACAGUAAUCUGGAUUCUGGAAUAUGACGUGAAAAGGAAGAACAUUGUAACCGUGUUUUCUUCUUUAAAGGAGGAAGAGAAUUUCAUUCGUCGCGGUCGAGUUAAGAGGAACUGUGCUUCCUCGAGGAUAUUGUAAAUCAAAAGACUAAUUGAAGCAAAUGGCUAACGCAAAAUAAUUAUCUUACUUUAUUUUGCUUACGCUGAUGAUGGAUUGUUAUUUAAAUUUUCGAGGCUGGUGCAAUUAAACUGUAUUCUUCGUAAGCGAACUGUGGAUAAGUUUUAUAGAAGUUCGUUCUGGAAGAUCAAGGGUGUUCCACGGCUAAUCGAGUUUCGACCUAAGAUGGGAGAAAAGAAAAUGAGGCCUGCAUAUAUUGACAUACAUUAGCUUUCUUAAGCUGGAAUUGAAUUUCAUGAAAACGUGCAGGUUUAUUGUUAAAAACUUCACUCGUUAUGCGUGUGGAAAUUUGAAUAUUUUGAAAUUUAAUGGAGUUGAUAACUCUAAGUUAUAAAUAGACUUUGAAGCUGUGUUUAUGGGAAAAGCAGUGACAUUUAAAAAGUGUACAUCUUGUUAAGUUCAGUGUUAAGUGACUAGUGAUCAUUUUUAAUAUUAGAGGAAAAGUCUAAUUAAACACGAUUCGACGAGGAAAUCGAAGCAGAUUGAGCAAGAGACUGAUAAAAUACUCAUGGUACGCAAGCUUUACAAAAAUUUCAAAAUCUGUGUUCGAAAUUAAUCACCGUAAUCCAGCCGUGAACAUAGUAUCACAUGCAGCUGCCUAAAAGCUAGCAUAAGUGACGAUAAGUUUCACUAAAAAUCGACGUGACAAACGACAAAGGAUUGUCCGAUAGUUAGACGUCAUCGAUAACGCAAUCGAAGUAUCCUUCAGGUGUAUAGGCGCAUCCGAACGUGAGUCACGUACACGCAUUUUCGAUUCGAGGCUUCGAGGACGUGGUACCGUUUGAUUCGUCGCAUUAGAGCCGGCGAUAUAUCGGCCACCUUCCUCUUGCCGUGUUCUUCGUGCUAUCAGAUCGAGAAUCUCGCGAUUCUCACGGGCCAACAGCUUCGAUUGUGUUCCAAGUUUCUUCGUAUGUGACGUCGCACGCAAGCCCCCAGAGAUGCUGAAGAUACGCAUGCUGGAUUACAUCGGGGACACUGGGAGACAGCAACUCGAACAGUCCGUGUAUUGUGAGUCUGAAUCCCGGCGCGCCGCGCUGGAAGAUGAAAGGCAAGAUGUUCAAGGUGCCAACCAAGAAAAAAUUAAGAAUACUACGCAAGAUUUAUUCGAAUUGCUGGAAAGGGUGCAGAGUUCGCGUCUCGAUGAUCAACGAUGCGUUCUACCACCAUAUUUUUCUCAGACCCCGAGGGAGGACAGAGCAGCGUCGAGUCCUGGUAAUCAGAAUAAUCACACACCUACACCGUCCCCGUCGCCGGUUGGAGAUGCACCCGUUGGCAGGGCUCUCAUGGAGGCUGCGCUUCAGCAAGCCACUUCCGGAUCUCAGCCACCUCUGGUGGUGAUACCGCCUGGAUACUGGGUCGACGGUACCGAUCAUCAACACGCCCUGGACUCAGCUGGCAGGGCGUUACUUCCGGCACAGCCUGCCUGGCAACCCAGGAUAGAUCAGGACGAUACGGCCAAAUGCUACAGGCGGUUCUUCGUUGGACGGGAGCACGUGAACCUGGUGGGUAGAGACGGAGAGAACGGUCCGGUGCUGGUCUCGGUGAAGGCCGAGACAGUCGCUGGACAGGAGCACUGGAGGGUCUUAUUGCGAUUGCGAGCUGGCUCAACCCACGAAUUGGUACCAGCCGUGAACCUCGGUCCAAAUCCAUCACCCGCGAAAAUGGUCAAGGCGAUCAACGAAUCCUUGAACGUGAGCACCCUAAUGCCUGUUGUCUGUUCCGGUGCUGGCACGUUAAUAGCACGGUACGACGAGCACGCUUUGGUGUCGAGGUUUAAAUUUGGUGUUCUUCAUCAACGAGCUGGCCAAGUGACUGAGGAGCAACUUUUUGGGAACAGACAGAUUACGCCAGCCUUCCAGGAGUUUCUUGAUUUGUUGGGUCAAAAAAUCGAUUUGAAGGAUCACAAAGGAUACCGCGGUGGUUUAGAUACUCGACAUGGACAGACAGGAGAUUCUGCGGUGUACGAGGUAUUUAGAGGGCGCGAAGUGCUCUUCCAUGUCGCUUCUCUGCUCCCGUAUAGUCCAGGGGACUCCCAGCAAUUGCAGCGUAAAAGACACAUCGGCAAUGACAUCGUCGCGAUAAUAUUCCAAGAGGAGCCAACUCCUUUCAGUCCAGAUAUGAUCGCCAGCCACUUCUUGCAUGCAUUUAUCGUGGUACAAGUCGUCGACCCCUGCACUCCUAAUACCAGGUACAAAGUCAGUAUCACAGCGCGAAACGAUGUUCCCUGGUUUGGUCCAGCAUUACCGACUCCAGCUGUGUUUUUGAGAGGCGUCGAAUUCAAGGAAUUCCUUCUAACGAAAUUGGUGAACGCUGAAAACGCUGCGUACAAAGCUGAGAAGUUUUCGAAGCUUGAGUUACGAACGAGGUCAGCCCUUCUGGAGUCAUUGACGGAGGAAUUACAAGCGAAGACGGCCGAAUUUCUGGGCGGAGCGAUCGGUUUAGGAGGUAGUAGCCUGGGAUUCGGAGGGAACUGUCCCGUAAGUCCAACAGCGAGCGACGCCUCGGGAUCCGGUAGCGGCGGAAGUGGCUCGAGAUUUAUCGACACCGUAAGAAAAGCGCUGAUAUCGCGUGUCCGAAACGCGUCCACGGAGAGCGUGCCGCAGCAGUUAUCGAAGAAAGGUCAAUCGGAGCCUAGUCCGCCCAGCAAUCGACAAUCAACGACGAAGAUCAGCAGCAAACGUUCGGUAGAGCCGUCGAGUCCGUUGGGUUCCCCUGAUCUGACGCUUCGAAGGGACUCGGAACGCGGAAGUCCAAGUUUGGGAAGCCAGGACAGCAGUUUGUCCAACACCGACAAUCAGGAUAGCAGCUUAGCUACUUUGCAACAGGACGAAGUUGAUCGCAGAGAAUCUAUAGCGGCAGUUUGCUCCAACAACGAUACGACGUUAACGGACAAAACUUCGGUGUCGUCCGUUCAGAGACUGACUCACGAGAACCUGCGGAAGCAGGAGAGGACGGAGAAGACAGAGACGACGCAACGCGUCAUUUCGGAGAGCGACGACAGCUCGUUGAACAGCGAACUCGAACUGGACCAAGCUGUGUAUCCGGACAGCGAUACGGGACUCGAAUCGAUGAGUUCUGCGGAAACUCAUGACACCGCACGGUGUACCACCAAGGAUGGAGUGUUGGAGAACGAGAACUUGAGGAUGGAGGUUACCAGGUUGAAGUGCGACAAACUAGACCUGCUCAGGCAAAAUGUGACUUGCCAACGCGAUAUAAAACGUCUACGAGAAAAGGAGUUGCAGUUGCAGUCCGAUCUGGCGGCUGCUUCGAAAGAAAUCCUGCGAUUGCGAGCUAUGUUGAAAGAAUGUUCGACGAGUAUUCCUUUGGAUAACAAUAAUCAGCAAACGUCUACCGUUUAAAGAUCUUCUGAAGAUAUUCUUCUGAAUCUAAUUAUUAGAUUGUAAUAAUUAGUUGAAAACUCUGUAUAAAUUGCUUAUUCGGAUUGGCUUCUAUUAAAGAGAACUAUCCGAUGAAGUAUCUUACGAAGAGUUUGAACGCGCAAUUGAAAUGUGCUUUAAGUUUUGUUUUCAACUGUACGAUUGAACUUCUUUAGAUAGAAAUUGGGUACAAAUGCUGUAUAUUAUAAGAGAAAGGGUCAGUGAAGAUUAUUUAAAAACGAAAAAGCAAAAGGAAGGAGAAGAAGAGAUGAUUCUGCGAUAUAUAAUUAUAGCGACGCGCCUUUCACGAUAUUUACCGCGUAGACGCUAAUUGUUACUUUGUAGUAGUAUUUGUUUGACUUUUAAUCAUUAUUAUUUAUCUAUUAAUUUAUUAAUAGAUGUAAGUUAAUCUCUAAUAGUCAAUAUAAUUACGAGUAAAAUGAUCACACACAGUGCGCAGAUACACAAUGAAUAAAAAUGAUAAAAUCAUUUAAACAAGUAGGUGCAUCUUGUCAUUAUGAUAGGUAGAUACUUUAGAAUAAAAAGUAAAAUGGCCUUUAGACUUAGCAUUUCCGAAUUUGAGAGUAAAUAAACAGAAAUUAAUAUAACAUAUUUUACCUGUAAUAAAUGUUCAAAAAUUGAGAUCGUAUAUAUAUGUAUAUAUGUAUUACAUAUAUAUAAUAACAGUUACAGUUCUCGUAUUGCUUUAGAACGAGGUAACUGUAUAUUGUCCCAUAAAACAGUAUAAAGCGAUUGGUAUAAAUGUUGACACGCUUAUGGGCUCUAGAAAUAUGUGUUUUAUCGAUAUAUUUCUGACGUCUCACAUUGAAACAAGGAUAUGUAUCGUUAGUUACAGUAUUUAUCACGGUAAAUAUUACCGAAAAAACCAUUACUAGUUUUUUAGUAUUAGUCUGAAACAAUUCUAGGAGAUACGAAAGAAAACCUCGUUAGUUAAUCUUCCGGUUAUAUCGUUAGCAAAUGUAGGAUAAGGUAGAUUUUUUUAGCCGUUCUUACGGUUGUAAUGAUUUAGCUGCACCAAAUUGUUUAAUGGCACGCAAACGUAUUCAUGUGUCAGUAACAUAUAGGACACGUAUUAUCAUUGAUUGUUCACCAAUACGCAAAGUAGACUAAGUGUACUUCAUUUGCUUGGUUAACGCACUUUGUUUUUAUUAUCUUUCACCGAUGGUAUUAGUAUGAUUUAUGAUUAUUAUUAUUACUAUUGCUACUGCUACUAUUAUUAUUAUUAAUAUUAAUAUUAUUAUUAUUACCAUUAUUAAUCAUCGUUGUACUUUAUGCAGUCUUUUUCUUUUUUUUUUGUAAAUAAUCGGCUAUCUUUCCACAGAGAAAGAUUAAAAAUGUGCGGAAAAGAAAGGACAGAGGGACAUGAAAGUUCACUCAUAUGUAAUACCAAAGUUUAUCGUAGUAAAAUCUCUUCUCUUAGUUUUCUACAUUCCUUUUCGUACAAUAUUUGCCCCUAUAAUCUGCAUAUAAAAUAGUAUAUACUUUUCUCGAACAAACGUUUUUUCUACGAGUACAAUCCUUUUCUUCUGCCGUUGAAUUUCGAGAAACUCUUUGUACGCCUUUACAGCUACUUUGCAGAUACAUUACGAUUAUCACUGCCUAUACUAUGUCGUUUUGGAAUGUACCACAUUUACAAGAAACUUCUGAUGUGUUGUUCAUACGAUACUACGUAAUUUUCUUAAAUUACUUUUAUUGGUUUAACAUCGAAAAUCUUGUUAUUUACAAAUUUGAACGGCAAGUGAAUUGUAAUUCAUGAAUGUUAAAAGUAAUUCAGAACUACUGUUUUUCGACGAUUUAUCUUUGACUUGUUUAAAACGAUAAUGUUUGUAACACUGGCUAAAAUCUUCUGAGUAAAGCUUCUAUAAAGUACGUGCAGCAAUCGGUGAAGUUGCUGCGAACAUUUUCCAGUAACACUGUUUUUAACGGUCAUUUAAAAAAAAAGCAUGCGAUAUAUACAUAUAUAUUUUAUACGUUUUACGAUCAAUGUAUUUUUACAAGGUUGUUUCAGACUGGGUGUAAAAUAGCUCACUUGAAUGCUUAGUUUCGUGAAAUUUAUAAAUCGGGGUACAUGCGUUAUACAUACAGCAGCUUUUCAAUGAUACAAAUUGAAAUAUUUAACAUCUUGAUAAAUGUGUACCGCAGUCACUUUUAAACGAAUAUACACACGCACACGACAAACAAAACUGAUGUUGCAGACGACAAAAUGCAAAAGAAUUUGAAUAUUUUUAGAAAAUGUGUUACAUUAUUAUUAGGUGCAAGUAUCUAAACAUCUCUACUACUGCAAAUUAAAUUUCAUGUAUAUAACGUAACAAACGAUUAAGAAGAGCGUCUCUUUGUCUAAAAUUUAGAAAAAUAAAAGACUAAGUUUACCAUUCUCUAGUGUGAUUUCUAUGCUGGCCUUGCAAAAUCAAAGAAAGAUUAUCUAUAUUACAAAUAAAUAUGUGUUAUUAUAUUAUGAGACGGAGCGAAUGAGUGAGUGAGAGUGAGAGAGAGAAAAUAUUAAUGCUAUAAAUAUAUAUAUAUACACACACACAUAUAUAUAUAUUUUGUAUUUAAUAUUAAUUGCCCAAAUUUAACAGAACUGCGAAUACUAUUAUUAUUCUCUGAUACUAUGACACGAAAGUAUAUAUUUCUUAUGACUGGUGUAAGUAUUCGCAUUCUAUUUUUUCUUUUCUAUGCACGACUGUCAACUUGAAAAUCAGUGGUAAUGAUGUUCGCCAAUAAAUAAAACAAUUUAAGCCAACCAAUUGAA